CGAGUCCGUUUCUCGAACACUCUGUGGAAGCGCUAUAUAUAAAGCCGCCGCGCGCGCUGUUCCCUCAUCAUUGUACACGCGCGUCCGUAGAGACAGGCUUAAAGACGGUUGUUAUAAAGUCUUUAGCUAUUUCACGUUAAAAGACUCCAGUCGAGAUGCCAGAAGAACAUGACCAACCAAUGGAGGAGGAGUCAGAGACUUUUGCCUUCCAGGCAGAAAUUGCCCAGUUGAUGUCUCUGAUCAUCAAUACCUUCUACUCAAACAAAGAAGUCUUCCUCAGGGAGCUAAUCUCUAACUCCUCAGAUGCAUUGGACAAAAUUCGAUACGAAAGUCUGACUGACCCAAGUAAGCUAGAUUCUGGGAAAGACCUGAAGAUUGAAAUCAUUCCAAACAAAGAGGAUCGUACACUGACCAUCAUUGACACUGGCAUCGGUAUGACCAAGGCUGAUCUCAUCAACAACCUGGGAACAAUCGCCAAGUCUGGAACCAAGGCGUUCAUGGAGGCUCUGCAGGCCGGAGCUGACAUCUCUAUGAUUGGUCAGUUUGGUGUGGGUUUCUACUCAGCCUACCUGGUAGCUGAGAAAGUCACAGUCAUCACCAAACACAAUGAUGAUGAGCAGUAUGCCUGGGAGUCAUCUGCUGGUGGCUCAUUCACAGUGAAAGUGGAAAACUCUGAACCAAUUAACCGUGGAACAAAAGUUAUUCUGCAUUUGAAAGAGGAUCAGACAGAAUACAUUGAUGUGAAGCGUAUUAAGGAGAUUGUGAAGAAGCACUCACAGUUCAUUGGCUAUCCAAUCACAUUAUAUGUGGAGAAAGAACGUGACAAGGAGGUGAGUGAUGAUGAAUGUGAGGAGGAAAAAGAGAAGGACAAAAGUGAGGAGGAAGGAGAGAAAGAUGAUGAUAAGCCAGAGAUUGAAGAUGUUGGCUCUGAUGAAGAAGACCAUGACAAGAGCACAGAUAAAAAGAAGAAGAAGACAAUCAAGGAGAAGUAUAUUGACCAAGAAGAGCUCAAUAAGACCAAGCCUUUGUGGACCCGCAACCCUGAUGACAUCACUAAUGAGGAGUAUGGAGAGUUCUACAAGAGCCUGACGAAUGAUUGGGAGGAUCACCUUGCUGUUAAACAUUUCUCGGUGGAAGGACAGCUGGAGUUCCGUGCCCUGCUCUUUGUACCCCGCAGAGCUCCUUUUGAUCUUUUUGAGAAUAAGAAAAAGAAGAACAACAUUAAGCUUUAUGUGCGCAGAGUCUUUAUCAUGGACAACUGUGAUGAACUUAUUCCAGAGUAUCUCAACUUCAUCAAGGGUGUGGUAGACUCUGAGGAUUUACCCUUGAACAUCUCCAGAGAGAUGCUGCAACAGAGUAAGAUCCUCAAAGUCAUCCGAAAGAACCUGGUGAAGAAGUGCCUUGAGCUCUUCACAGAACUUGCAGAGGACAAGGACAACUACAAGAAGUAUUAUGAACAGUUUUCCAAGAAUAUCAAGCUUGGUAUCCAUGAGGACUCCCAGAAUAGGAAAAAACUCUCUGAGCUGCUGCGUUACUACACCUCUGCCUCUGGGGAUGAGAUGGUGUCCCUUAAAGAUUAUGUCACCCGCAUGAAGGACACUCAGAAGCAAAUCUACUACAUUACUGGUGAGACCAAAGAACAGGUGGCCAACUCUGCCUUUGUGGAACGGCUGCGCAAAGCUGGCUUGGAGGUGAUCUACAUGAUUGAGCCUAUUGAUGAAUACUGUGUUCAGCAGCUGAAGGAAUUUGAGGGAAAGAACCUGGUGUCGGUGACCAAGGAGGGUCUGGAGCUGCCCGAGGACGAAGAGGAAAAGAAGAAGCAAGAGGAGAAGAAGGCACGGUUUGAGAACCUGUGCAAGAUCAUGAAGGACAUCCUUGAAAAGAAGGUUGAGAAGGUCACUGUCUCCAAUCGCCUGGUUGCCUCCCCCUGCUGCAUUGUGACCAGUACAUAUGGCUGGACAGCCAACAUGGAGAGGAUCAUGAAGGCCCAAGCUCUGAGGGACAACUCCACCAUGGGCUACAUGGCUGCCAAGAAGCACCUAGAGAUCAAUCCUGAUCACCCUAUUGUUGAAACCCUGCGGCAAAAAGCAGAAGCUGACAAGAAUGACAAAUCAGUAAAGGACCUGGUAAUCUUGCUAUUUGAGACUGCCCUGCUCUCUUCAGGCUUCACCCUUGAUGAUCCUCAGACACAUUCAAACCGCAUCUACAGAAUGAUCAAGCUGGGCUUGGGCAUUGAUGAGGAGGACCUGUCAACCGAAGAGCCUAGUUCUGCUCCCACUGAGGACAUGCCACCCUUGGAAGAGGAUGAUGACGCAUCCCGCAUGGAGGAGGUUGAUUAAAACUGCUGUAUAUGUAUUUCAGUUCAUAAUUCUGUAAAUAGUACAGGUUGUAAAUGGGUGGGCUCCUUGAGUUGUGCCUGGGUGACUGCAGUUGUGUAAGCAGUGACUGCCACCAGGAAUAAAAAAUAAAAUGAUGCAUGUACUUAUCAGUAAGACUGUAUUUUUUAUAAGUUUUCCAGAUACAGUUUUUCUGCCACUGUUCUAAAUUUAAAACUUUAGAACGGUGUUAGACUUACUCUGUGUCUGGAAACCUACAUCUCAGUGUAUGUACAAUGACCUAGUGAUGGUUACAUGCAACACUCUAACACUUGGAAUACCAAGUUAUGUCAGAGACUGCUUCUUAGUUGUGCAGCUGUACCUGGCUAAGUGCCUGGGUGCUAAUUGAGCCCACUUGGUAUUGAUUUUAGUUAUUUAUGUUCUUGUUCUUUCAUGACCUUUCAAAUCAGGAUUGCUGUGUUAAGUGCGCCUGGUCCCUUUUUUCCCCAGUUAUGAUUUUUUUUGUAUUUUGUGUGGUAUAUGCAUUUUUGUCUUUAUUUACAUUUCACAAACCUUUAUUUUGACAAGUGUAAUAAACUUUCUCUGCUACUGUAAGUUUGCUGUUCAAAUUUUAAAAUAAAUUUAAAUUAAAAUCA